UACUGAGAUCGACUGGAAAGCCUACAUGGAUGAGGUAGAGGGUGUUGUGAACGGGACCCUGGAUUACACGCAACUAAAGGGGGACACAGGCCCCCUUGUGUACCCCGCUGGCUUUGUUUAUAUCUUCAUGGGUCUGUAUUACGCCACUGGCCGAGGCACCAACAUCCGCCUGGCGCAGUACUUCUUCGCCGCCCUGUACCUUGCCACCCUGCUGCUUGUUUUCCGCAUCUACAGCCGCACCAACAAGGUCCCUCCCUACGUGUUCUUCUUCAUGUGUUGUGCCUCCUACCGCAUCCACUCCAUUUUCGUCUUGCGCCUCUUCAAUGAUCCGGUAGCCAUGGCCAUCCUUUUCGUGGCUGUCAACCUCUUCCUGGAGGACAGCUGGUCCUGGGGCUGCUUCUGCUUUAGUCUGGCUGUAUCUGUGAAAAUGAACAUUCUCCUCUUUGCGCCGGGUCUCCUUUUCCUCCUCCUCCAGCGCUUUGGCCUGCGAGGUGCCCUUCCAAAGCUUGCGAUCUGCGCAGUCCUGCAGAUCGCCCUGGGCUUGCCUUUCCUGAUGGAGAACCCCGUGGGAUAUGUGGCCCGUUCCUUUGAUUUGGGUCGCCAGUUCCUCUUCAAGUGGACCGUGAAUUGGCGGUUCUUGCCCGAAGAGGUUUUCCAACACCGGGCUUUUCACCUGGCGCUGUUGACCCUCCACUUAACGGUCCUGGCGCUCUUUGCACUAAACAGGUGGCACAGAUCUGAUGAAAACAUCUUGUACCUGUUAAAGGACCCGGCUAAGAGGAAGAACCAUCCAGAACCCCUUUCAGCAAAUCAAGUCGUUUUUACUCUCUUCACUUCUAACUUCAUUGGAAUUUGCUUCAGCCGCUCCUUGCAUUACCAGUUCUAUGUGUGGUAUUUCCAUACUCUGCCCUACCUGCUCUGGUGCAUGCCGCCCAAGAAGCUUGCCCACCUACUAAAGGUGCUUAUUCUAGGUUUAAUCGAGCUCUCAUGGAACACGUAUCCCUCAACCGUUUACAGUUCAGCUUCUCUCCAUGUGUGUCAUGGAAUCAUCCUUCUGCAGCUGUGGUGUGGGACAAUGUCUUCUCAGGAGGAGAAGCAGCAGUUGAAAAAGGCGGAAUGAAAAUGAAUCAGAAUAGGGACAAUAUAAUCUGGACAAAUUGGACAUUGCUGAGGACAACCGAUGAGGGCUGUUCACAAACCUUCCUGGUGCCUGAUGCUCAGGGUGAGACGCUGCCUUCUCUUUGCUGUGGUUAAAGGGUGAUACAGAAUGGGAGUCAGCAGAGUUUAUCUUCACAUCAAAGAUAAUGUGGAAUAUCUUCAAUAAAGGACAGUAAUGGUUGGACACGAGGCUUCAUGCGGCUGCAAUUUAUGCAUUGUCACAGGAUGUGACAUCCUACAAAGUCAGUGUUUUUGGAAAUUGGAUUUCCAGGCUUUUUAAGGUGGAUCAAACACUAUUGCCGUGAGUUGUGUCAAGUUGGGGGCAAGAUUUUUUUAAUAUGCCCAGUGACAAAUCAUUCCCUCUAGUAGUACUCAGCAGCUAACAGGUUAAUGCUCAGGGUAGGGCUGCUGAGAAAUGGGGAAGUGCAGGAAUGACUUGAAAAUCCCCAGUGUUUGUAUACGUAUGUAACGUACAUAAAGCUGCUUUUUCCUAGAAUGCCACAGCGCAAGGACAAUAGAAGAUGCUCAGAAUAUGGGCAGGUUUGGGGGCUGGGAAUAGAAUGAAGUAUCCAUUGGUUGGCUGGCACCCUCAGCAGAAGCUCCAACCUUUUGUUAUGGACCUGACUAGUAUUGCUGUCUUCCAUGUUUGCAUUGUUGCUUUUAAAAAGAUUUUCAAAACUAAAUUUCUUAAACAGUCA